AUGAGGAUCCCACCCGUGCUCAUCAUUUUUGUGGGCUUCCUGUCCAUCGGCGCUUCGUUCAUCCUGCAGUUGCUUGUCGCUCUCGGUCUGCCUUACAUCAAGGGCAUCUACUUCCUCUACAUCCGUUUCGCCGAUCAGACGGGCUCAUCCACCCUGCGUUCGACGUACGGUAUCUGGUCGCAAUGCCUUUCUCAAGGUGGGGUGACGCAGUGCUCUCCCACCGGUCUCGGCUACCAGCAGGUGUUCCUCGGUGUCGAACAAACCAUCAGCCUGUUCUUUGUCAACAAGCUUCCCUAUGCGCUCGUCUUGCAACCCAUCGCGGCCGGCUUCACCGGUGCUGCUGCUGGCGCUGCCUUCCUGCACCUUUGCACCAACACCUUCCUUUGGCCGCUCGCUGCGCUCUGGGCGUCAUUCCUCACCAUGGCUGCUCUCGUCAUCGAGCUUGUCCUGUUCAUUCUGGCACGCAACAAGGCUCGAUCCUUCCAGAGCACCACUCAAAUUACAGUCACCGGUAGCGAGCUCGGACCUGCCAUCUGGAUGCAGGUGGCUUCGCUUCCUCCCGUCUUCUUCGGCUUCAUGAUGCUGGCGCUCGGCUGGUACCUCAAGCGCUCGCGUAGCAACGACAACUACUACGACGACUACGAGCCCGCACGCCCCGUCUACGCCGCCAACGACUACCCGGAGAAGGACUACUACUACCAGCAGCAGCCUCAGCGUCCCAUCAGCCGCGCCAGCCGCAGGUCGCGCUACGACGACUACUACGAGCCCGACGACUCGCGCGUCUACGGCAACGUCGGCCGCCGAGAGUCGCGACGAAGCCGCCGCGACCUGGCUGCUGAGGAGGGUGACCGCUUCGACGACCGCUACGAUGACAACCGCGCGAGCCGCAUCGGUCGCUACAGCAGCCAGCGCGACAGCCGCAGGAGCUACGACGAUCGUGCUCCCAGGAGAAGCUAUGGCGGCGACGCGUACGGAAGCAGGACGCAGCUCGCACCUGAACCAGCUGCGUACCGUGGCGGUCGUUCGAGGCGCUACAGCGAGCGUGGGGCUUACUAG